GUCUAGUAGCAGUUAUUUAGAAAUAUCAAGUACGGUUAACGAAAUUGGAGCUAGAUUUAUCCAUCUUUAAUUUAGGUUUUCGAAGAUUUCUACUCCGAUCAUGCAUUGUGCGGUCGUGUUCGUGCCGUCGUGUCGACGGAUUCAAAAUGGCAAGCGAAGUAAACGAAGUUGUUGCCCAGGCUUGCGAUACUGUGAAGGAAAAUAGUAAUCCGACAAUGGAAAGAAUACCCUCAACGCCCGAGGGAAUGGCCAUUGCUUACGGUAGCCUAAUAAUUAUGGCCAUUUUGCCAAUUUUCUUCGGCAGUUUUCGAGCCGUUAAACACCAUAAGGAAAUGAAGGAACAAUACGAACGAAGCGGAGGACAACCAGAUACAAUGUCUCGCAGAGAAGCAGUAAUAUUUCCUAUUAUUUCUAGUUUUACAUUAAUCAGUCUUUACUUAUUAUAUAAGAUAUUCCCAACAGAUUACGUCAAUUUGCUUUUCGUCGGCUACUUUUUCUUCUUAGGUAUCUUAGCUUUAUGUCAUCUUACCAGUCCAUUGAUUUCAUCAUUGGUGCCUGCUGCAAUUCCAAAAACACAAUAUCAUAUACUUUUUACCACGGGCGAAGGUGACAAGGCAGAUCAUAUUAUAGAUUAUAAAUUCAAUCUUCAUGAUAUCGUUUGCUUGAUAUGUUGCUCUUUCGUAGGAGCUUGGUAUCUUUUCAAAAAGCAUUGGAUUGCCAAUAAUCUAUUUGGCAUCGCGUUUGCGAUCAAUGGCGUUGAAUUAUUACAGUUGAACAAUGUCAUAACAGGAUGCAUCUUGCUUUGUGGACUUCUUCUCUAUGAUGCAUUCUGGGUAUUCGUUACAAAUGUGAUGGUAACGGUUGCAAAAUCAUUUGAAGUACCAAUUAAACUAGUGUUUCCUCAAGAUUUGUUGGAGAAAGGUCUCACUGCCAGUAACUUUGCCAUGCUGGGCCUGGGGGACAUUGUUCUGCCCGGUAUUUUCAUCGCGCUUUUAUUGCGAUUUGAUAAUAGUUUAAAUAGGAAAUCACACGUAUAUUUCUAUUCAACAUUUUUUGCUUACUUCAUGGGACUGUUAGUAACAAUGCUGAUUAUGCAUUUGUUCAAUCACGCACAACCAGCUCUGGUAUACUUGGUGCCUGCAUGUCUGGGCACUCCUCUACUUUUGGCAGUAGUGAAAGGAGACCUGAAGGCAUUAUUUUCUUAUGAGGAUCAUCCAACUAAGCCAAAAGAAACGGAAAAACCUGCACAAACGCAAACAGAAGUAAAGAAAGAAUUAUAAUAUUCGUAUUUAAGGUGAUCAGUGUGACAGCAUUCUCAGCAUUGCUAUUGUGCUGUUACUGUUUUAAAUUCAUCGUACAUAAAGGAAAAAGGAAUAAUUUAUGUUCGAUAUUGUGAGGUCUUCGCGGCCCGAGUUCUGACAUUUUAGGCUUCCGCGUGUGAGUCAUGUCUUUGAAGGAAAUUGUUCUAACAUUUCGUCAAUAUUCCAGCUAGGAUUUAUUACACAACCUAAUAAAAAGUACCACCGAUCGUGUUAGUAGAAUCUCCAGAAAACAAAAUAUUAAAAUAGUUUACACAACAUUAACCAAAAUUACACAUUCACCAUAAUUAAAAAUGAAACUAACUGCAACGUUGGCGAAACGUCAGAAUAAUUUACUACAAAGCCACGGUUUACACCCGAACUGUUUAUAAUUUACGUCUUAUGCUCAAGCUGUACAAUCAUGAAAUGUAAAGUGUCAAAGGCAUAUGUGAGUAUGCUUUGUAUACACAUUUUAAGAUGUAAUAUGACAUUUGAUUUAUCUUAAAAGACAUACAUCGAUACUUUCAAACACGAUCAAGUUUACCAUUUGAUAUACUUAAUUUUGUUCUUAUUUUAUUUACCAUAAAUAUUAUCGAGAAAUUAACGUAAGCAACGUAUGAAUGAAUUAUUCAAAAUUAUAAGUCACGCUCUUAUAUGCACAACUAAAUUGGUAACAGGAAAUAUAAGUUAUUGCUUAACGAAACAAAAAUUCAUUACAUGUGAAAUUUUAAUGUAGAAUCGGCAAUCGUUAAGUCGUGCGCAUAAUAAUUUUCACUUUACAGUGAAUAGUGCAAGUAUUAAAAUUACCUUAUGAGUCGUUAGAAAUUCUUGGAAUAUUUUCCUUGGGAAUACUAUAACGUACGUUUAAAUGCAUUGAAAACAUUUACAUGCAGUUUGAUGAUAUACAUUAAAAUUUAAUCGUCCAAUGUAAUAAAGUACUGUUAGUAUAAAUGUAUUUGAACAGUAGUAACAUACGUUUAGUGCAAAUAUUUUUUAAGUUGAAAUUCUACACGUUUAUGAAAAAUAGAAUAUGUAUAUUGUGGGAUCGGAGGUCCCAAUACCCACAGAAGAAAAGGAAUCGUUAACAUUCGAAUAACGGUGGUGUCACGAUGUUGAGAUUGUUAGCAAAGUUGGGUCAAUUUUAUUCACAAAAUUUAAUUCCAGAUGGGAAUACCGCUUUAAUGAGUGAAUCUAAAAUUUUCAUUCGUUAUUCACGACUAAAAUUUUCCCGACUCUAAUCGAUAAAAUGGCUGAUUAGUAGUUCGAAGAGCGCGUAUUCGAAUCCCCGUAUUUUCAGUUUCCUAGAUUCCUACAAUAUUAAUGUGAUUCACAGCACUUUGCGUGCGAUCAAUUUGAACAUUAAUUAAACAUUUACUACAAUAGAUACAUAGCAGCUAGUAUGGAAUUAUGUAUAAUGUUACUUAUAUUUUUCAAACUAUACAUAAUUCUUAUAGACUAUAACUACGAAUUAAGGUAUGAUUCUUCAUGUGCACAAUCUAGGAAACUAGCGACAAACCUGACGCAUUAAAGUCAGGUUCCAUUCGAUUAUGAAACUAUAAAAAUACUUUUCUAUUCAUUAUCGAUAAUUUAUUCAAGGAAUAUGUAUUUGAGUUAAACAUGUACUAUUUUUCUAUAGAUAUAUUAUCACGUUUUAAUUGACGAAAUUUUACAAAAAAUUAAUUUUGUAAAAUAUGUAUAGUUGAAACCAUUCGGAAAAAAAUCCUUUCAAAAGUGU